AUGGCAGUCAAGCCACUCGUGUCUACUGCUGGCUGCUUAAAUAUCAGUGACCUUGCCAAGGCCAUCAAGCAGAAGUUCCCAAACCAAUUCUCUGCCGUUGACUCCAACCAAAUCUCUAUCCAUCAGUCACUCCAGGAUGCUGCUCUUGAACCUGAUCUUCCACUGCUGACUCUGGGAUCCUCUGCGCCGGCUCAGAAGACCAUCUUCAUUCAGGAUAUUGAUGAAGAGUGCCGUCCUUUGGAUAGCUUUUCCAAAUAUCUUGUUGAAUCAAAUGAUGAUUUGAAACAGAUCCUCGAAGGAAAAGGCUCGGCUCUCUACCAGCUGUUCAAUCCCAAGGACAAGAUUAUCAAGUUCAAGCAGUUGAUUGAUGGGGAAAAGUACAAUGUAUAUUCUCGCUACGAACGGUCGUUUGCUGACGAAGUACGUUGGCAGCAGAAUGAAGACAAAGCUAUGGAGGAGGAAACUCACUUGGCCGUGAGGCGAUUCCUUGCUACCCAUCUUGGUCCUUCAGCUGUAGAUAUGCCAACGGACAUUAUGGCUGCAGACGGAAAAACCAUUGUCCAGGAGUGGAAUGCUGUCUUUAAAGAUGGCGAUGUCCUGUACUUAUGUGAAGCCAAGCAUAAUAUGACCGAUAAGCAAGUGAACAAGCUCCCUGCAAGAAUUCGCAAGUUCAAGGAGUUUCAAGCCAAUGCCCAGCCAGAAUUUCGAAAUGUCACAAAAUAUGUUGGGGUGUUGUGUGGUACGUUGUUUCCAGAGGAUAUUAGAAAGAUCGCACACCUUGGAUUCAUUUGCGUUUAUCCAUCAGGAUAUUGUUACGAUGUCAAAAAGCCAGAGGAUUUCAUCAUUGAACGUUAA